AUGGCAACCACAACCACCCAGCCCCUCUCCCCUCAAAAUGUCCCUUCAGCAACCACAUCCCACAUUGUCCCAAAAUCCACCUCCCCUCCCACAGAACAAGAAGACUACAACACCCAAAUCGACGCCCUCCUCACUCGCUACCUCUUUCUCUUGAAUGAGUACACCACCCUCCGCUCUACUUUAUCCAGCCUGCAGGCUGGUAUGUACCAGAACUUGGCGCGAGCGAAUUUUGCUGCUGAGCGCGGGAUGAGGUACGGGAAGGAGUACUUUGAUGAGAGGAUGGUUGCUAGUAGGAGAGUGAGGAUUUCGUCGAGGACGGCGAGAGGGGAAGAGACUGGGGAGGAAGGCAAGGGGCAGGAGGAAGGAAAGAGGGAGGAAAAGGUGGAAGGGGAAAAGGUGAUGGAGUGGAGGAUUGUAAAGGUUGAUUUUGAUGAGAAGGGGAAUCAGGUUGUGAAGGAGAAGGAGAAGGAGAAGGAGAAGGCCACUCAACAAGAAGGCAACCAACCCUCAGAACAAGACCAAGACCACGACUCACGAACUACCACGAACCCAGAAACGGCCCGCCACCAAAAGGAGGACAACAGUCCCGAGAAGAGCGAUGACAAACCUGACGACGACGACAAGAAAACUAAAAUCAAGAAAAUCCGCAACGACCCCCUCCGCUGGUUCGGCCUCCUCACCCCGCUUCCUCUCCGCCAAGCCCAGUCCCAGGCAAUCCAAGCGGUUGAGCAAAUCAUUCCGCGGCUGGUGACGGUUAAUGCGGAGAUGGUGCAGGUGGAGAUUGAAGUGAGGAGGGCGAGGAAGAGGAGGGAGAAGGCGGCUGGUGUUAAGGCUAAGGCGGUGACGGCUGCUGAGGGUGUUGUUGGGGCUAGUGCUUAG